AUGGAUUCUGGUAUAGGUGGUCCUUCUGUAACUAUAAGAGAAGCAGAAAAAGAUAGAGUCGAUUUUAUAUUAAAAGAUGUUGAUUUAGCCAUGGCCAAUUCAAUUAGAAGAACAAUGUUGGCUGAAGUACCUACUUUAGCUAUAGAUUUAGUUGAAAUAGAUAUAAAUACAUCGGUUUUGGCUGAUGAAUUUUUAGCUCAUAGAUUAGGUUUAAUUCCUUUAAAUAGUGAAGGUAUUGAUGAUUUAUCUUAUUCAAGAGAUUGUACUUGUGAUAAUUAUUGUCCGAAAUGUUCUGUUAGAUUAGAUUUAACUGCUAAAUGUGAUACUGAUUCUACAAUGAAUGUUUAUGCAUCCGAUUUAGCUAAAUUUUUAAAUGAUUCAAAAUUAGGUCAGCCAAUUACAAGAGAUCCACAAGAAAGAGGUUCUUUAAUAUGUAAAUUAAGAAAACAUCAAGAAUUAAGAUUAACUUGUAUUGCUAAAAAAGGGAUAGCUAAAGAACAUGCAAAAUGGUCUCCUUGUGCUGCUAUUGGCUUUGAAUAUGAUCCUUGGAAUAAAUUGAAACAUACUGAUUAUUGGUUUGAAAAUGAUCCAAAUGAAGAAUGGCCAAAACUGAAAAAUUGUGAUUGGGAAGAACAACCUGGUCCUGAUGAAAAAUUUGAUUAUAAAGCAAAACCAACAAAUUUUUAUUUUGAUGUUGAAACUGUUGGUAAUUUACCUCCAAAUGAAGUUGUUAUAAAUGCAAUAAGUACUUUACAAAAAAAAAUAGGUGCUUUGUCUUUAGAAUUAGGUAAAGAUGAUGUUGAAGGUAAUGAAUUACAAGCUGGUGGUUUUACAACUUAUGGUGGUCAAACUACUUAUGGUGGUCAAUCUAAUUAUGGUGGUCAAUCAACUUAUGGUGCUCAAACAAAUUAUGGUCAAACAGCUUAUGAUACUAACGCUUAUGGUGCUUCAUGGUAA